CAACCCCACAAGGUCAGAGUGUACCACGCCUUGACACUGGAUGCUGGAGACCUAGGAGCUGCUGGGACAUUGUCAGAUAACCAGAAACAAUGUUGACGAGGUCGGUGUGUAUGACGAUACUUCUGCUGGUGUUGACCGGGGUAGUCAAAGCUCACAUUCACUUCCUCCGUCUAGUAGUCCUGGCACUGGCGGGUCUCGCUGGAAUGUACAUGGUCCACCUUCUGGCCAACGACUGGACCAAGAUACGCCCCAACCGCCCCAGCGCUGGUAGGCUGCUGCAGUCUGCGCUGCAAGGCAUCUCCAAGAGGUCUAUACCUGAUGCGAUGCUGGAAGAACGAGUGAAUGAGAUACCGAGCCUAGAGGCGGCGCUACAUCAAGACCCUCUGGGAUGUGCUCGUAAGCUGGUAUGCGCUCUGGCGGCGAGACCCAGCAACUCUCUCAGUCGAGAGGAGGUCAACAUACUCGCCAUGAUAAGGGUGAACGUUGGCCGCAGAGGGGCCAAAGAGUUCAGAGAAGCUGAAGACCUCGGAGCCAAGUCACGGCGGGAAGCAAUAUGUGAUCAGAAAUUCAACAAGUGCUUCUUCUCUUCGCGGCAACUCGUUAAGAUCCUCCGAAGUUUCUAG